AUGCACCCUCUCGUAAAGGACGGGGUUUCCGCCGCUUUUGCCACUAUCAUUAUCACCGUCUUUUUAGAGGUGGUAUUUCGGUUCCGAUUUGACGAUAGCAAAUCUCGCGCUGGCUAUAGAAGAUGGAUCAUUAGUGUUUUGGCGAGUCUUAGACUAUCCGUUUCAGCACUACCAGGUGCUACAAACACUGGAGACGUGAAUAGUCCCACAAAUCAGCCCACUAGCCUCCCCUCCCCUCCCUAUGAGAUAUCGUCAUCAAUCGUAGGUAUAUCUUCGGAUCUAGCUUCUAAAGCAUCAGUCGUUAUACAGCAGACGGUACUCUCAUGCUGUUUUAACAAGACAUUCUUAAACAUUCUCCCAGGCCCAACAACGAUGGGUCCAACAGCUCCAGCACAUACCUCUCCUCCUGAAUUUCUUGAUACACUCGAAGAUUUUACUUGGUCCUGGAAGAGUGGCCGAGCUAUCACUUUACUCAUCAUGGUAGUCUGCUUUGCCUUUGUGGAGACAGCACUCGGCUUUUUCGCUCUUGGGGAUGAGCUAAGAGCUAAAUCCACAGACCCAGUCGAACCGCCGGCUCCCGACCAGGAUGUUGCUGCUCAGGACGAAAGAGAUAAACUUGCCGUUGCCAUCGCUGCUGCUGUUACCACUGUAGUUUCAGUUGAUCUUGCCACUACUAUCAAUAACGCCGUCGCCGCUGCUGUUGAUGCUGCUGUUACCGCUGCCAUCAAUACUGCCGUUGCCGUUGCUCCUGCCACCGUGUCCACCGUGUCCACCAAUGUUGCCGUCGAUCCCAGCGCGGAUGCCAGUAUUACCGCUGAUAGUACCGGCGCUGGUGCCGCUGCCGUUGGGAGUUUUGCCAUUCGUUGCGACGAUCGUGGUGCCCCCGGUGGUGCUACUACUAACUUCGCUACUACUAGCCGUGAUAAGAGGCCAAUUUUAGCUUCUAGUAUUAUAGUCGCCAACUCCCUAGCAAUAUUCGUCACUACAUAUAUGGUUCGUGACGAUAUUGUACCUGUUUCCAUAACAGCCCUAGUUGUGACCAUCUCUUCUAUUUCGUUUCUCUGGCUUCACUCAACGGUCUGA